AUGGGGUGUGGCCUGGAGCGGGCGGGGGGCGGGGCCAUCGAGGGCCGGGCAGCACGGAGCGUGGCCUGGGGGCGCGGCCUCCGGGGCGCCUUGGAGCGCGUGAGGUCCGAGGGGCGUCAGAGCGGGAAGGAGGUCGGGAGGCAGCGCCUCGGUCGCCCCCGCGGACCCCGGGCUGACGCUCCCUUAGGCGGCUCGGGGCCUGGAGAGGUCGGGGAACGUGAGGGGUUCGCGGCCGGAUACUUGCAGGACCCCGUGCCGGCCUCGGGCCAGGCCUGCGGAGCGCGGGCCACCACCGCUCCCCGGCGGCCGGCCGCGGCGCUGCAGCCAGGGAGGGAGCGCCCCCGGCCGUCCAGCUCGGACCGUCCAGCUCGAACCCUAACCCGUCCAGCUCCCGUCGUCCUCCGGGGACCGUCCUGCGUGGCCACCGGUCUGCAGCCCCGGCGGAGCGUGGUGUCCGGAAAGGAGAGGCCCCACUCGGUGCUGCGCGUCCUCAGAAGUUUGAGGGUUAUCGUAGGGUUAUUCGGCAAAACGAGCUUCCAAGUUACUUCAUCCCGCGCUGGUCCUCCUGUGAGCUUGGCUCGGAAUACGCUGCACUUCGGCUUAGCCGACACCGUCACCCUGGAGGGUCUUCCAUCCCAGGAACAAGGAAGUCACACGCAGAGCCAGGAAAGCGACGUCGUGAUGUCACCAUGUCAUUGUGGUGUAGACGUGCCAGAGCAUGGGGUACACCUCCAGAUGCGCUUGCUGCAGCGGGACCAGCACCUGCAGCGGGCGGGACCUCUCUGAGUGCGGGGUCUCUGCGGGGUGGCCUGAAGUUGCUGAUGCCAGGAUGUACCAGGU